UUGCAGUGACUAGAUUGUGAUCUAAUGGGAAGUUCAAUGAAACAAUAUAUAUAACUGAAGUGGACUGCUGUUGCAGGAGUUACCCCAGAGAUAGAGAAAAAGUGUUAUGUCAGCUCUCCGCCAGCUGGGCGGUGCUUUAGGAAAGAAUGAAACAAUAAGAGAACAGCAGCAAUGCACCAGGAAAACCAUAAAGAAACCUAGCGGGGAAAGUCUGUGUGCACGAGGUUUGAAUCGUCUUGAAGUUGUUGUUCAGUAAAAGCAGAGCAGGAACACGCAGGAGCUCCUCGGACAUGGAUGUGCAGAAAUAUUUGAACCGGAUCGGGUCCACGGUCCCGGCUGAGCCCGACCUGGACGCGCUGCGGUCGGUCCACACUCGUCACUUGUUGUCGGUGCCGUUCGAGGACCUGACGGUGCACAGCGGCGGGCGAGUGGAGCUCGAUCUCCCGCUGAUCUACGACAAGAUCGUGACCCGGCACCGAGGCGGUUUCUGCUACGAGAACAACGGCCUCUUCUCCUGGCUGCUGUGCUCACUGGGCUUCCAGGUGACCAUGCUUUCCGCCCAGGUGAAGGGCCUGAUCAGCGGGUACUACGGGCCACCGUUUGACCAUCUCGUCCUCAUGGUGACCCUCCAGGGCCGCCGCUGGCUGUGCGACGUCGGUUUCGGCGGAGCAGGCUUCUCUGUGCCGAUUUCUCUGGAGACCAGCGGGCCCCAGGCGGAGGGCCACAGAGUGUACCGCAUCAGAAAGCAAGGGUAUAUGCACUUUCUGGAAUGGCAAGGAGAGGAGAACAGAGGUGCGGAUGGAGACUGGAAGGAGGUGUACAAGUUCACCCUCGAUCCCAGGAGCCUGGAGGACUUCACGGACAUGUGCCAGUACCACCAGAGCUCCCCCUGCUCUAUCUUCUUCUGCAAAUCCCUCUGCACCAUUUUGAAACCAGGUGGACGGCUCACAUGCAUGGGCCGCAGGCUCAUCUCCACCACUUUCCCUACUGAGGGAGCAGGGUUCAAAUCCACCACCAGAGAACUUCAAGAUGAGGAGAUUGACGUCAUUUUGGCAGAGGAAUUUGGAAUUGUGCUUAAUUCUCCACUCACACCAAAGGAUCAGACAAUGACACCACCCCCGGUCUACGCUGAUUUGAGCCCUGAGGAAACUUUGGGCACUUGACUAUAUGCUUCUGCAUCUUUGUGUCAUUCUUAGCCUAGGUCUUUUCAUCGUAUUUGCAAAUGUACACAGCCUUUCCUUCUACAUUGGCUGGAGUGAAAUGUCUCCACACAUGAGAUGGAAUUGUUCUGUAGAAUAAGAUGAGAAAAAAGCUUGUAGAAAAGCACUAAAGCAAUGCCAGAAAUAUAAAUAGUUGGCCAAUUGGAAUGUUCUUAAUUUUUUUUUUUUUUUUACAGUUGAUGGAUAAAUGAAUAGAAAUAGGCUAGAUGAACAGUCCUCAAUCAGCAUGCUAAUAUAUUUCCCCCAGUAAUAUCAUCGAAACUUACCUGACUAGUCCUGCACACUACAGCAUGCCUCAAUAGCCCUGCUGUAGUGUGCAUGAUGCUGGGAAUUAUCUGCGCAUGUGCUGGAGAAAUGCACAGUGCAGGGUUGAAAAUUCAACGUGCAACGUAUGCUGCAUUCCAUACAUCUUAAAAACAGAGUUUUGAAUGUUUUUUUUGCUCAGCGUUUAAUUUAUGUAAUUUUUUUUUUUCAAAAUUCCCCAAAUUCCCGAGCUGAGUAUUCCCAUGGAAAGUUUCUGGAAAAUUUCCGGCAAUUUACCGCCCCUUUGCAACCCUAGAUACAUCUGCUGGAUCAAGACGGAUCAGUCUCUUAGUUAUGCCAGAUUGUUUCUCAUCAAGCCCCAUGAAUGAUUUCCUGGGAAGUGAUCAACAACUCCUGGAUCCACAACUUUGUCUGCACCGUGCCAAAAUUUAAUGGUAAUUUAAUUAGUAAUCUUGUUUAAAAACUACCAAACAAAUGUACACAGGUGAAAACACAACAUGCUUGUCAGAGGGAAUUAUGGAAAAACAAUCUUUGUAUUUAUUGAGAUGACUUCAAUCAGUGUUUUGUUGACUCGUUAUAAAUAAAUGAUUUGAGGCUAUAGUUUAAAACUCACCUUUGUACUGUCACAACCCCCCCCCCCCCCCGCCUGUUAAACAACAACCACAUCGUCACAAAUGCACCAACAAAAAGAUAAAUUGUCAGUUUGAUUUAAUAAAUUAUACAUACACUUUUAAGAUGUACAAUGGUCAUUGCAUUAAUCCAUCUGUCUUUUUGUUUUGGUAAGACAAAGUCUGCGUUUCAAAGUAUUUACACAUGUACAAUUAUCAGGCAGCACUUUACAAAGCAAGGCAUGAACAACAACAGAGAUGUCGGGAUUCAAAUCCAACCCUGUUACCCUCGCCCUCCUGACUUCUCCGUCAAUCAGAGGGGGGAGGGGGUUACUCAGCUGUCCCAUGAUUAUAGCACAAUCUCCUCCCGUCCCACCUUUUGAUGGGGGCGCGAAAGGGAAUUCAAAAAAUGGAAUGACAUCCAUCAAAUCCACCAACAUCCACAGGAGAUUCCAAAGGAUUA